CGUAAAUAUAUAUAAAAUGUCAACUCAGUUUAUAAAUAAUAAAAAGUACAAUGUAGCAAAACCGCAGCGAUAAAACGGAAAGGUACGAAGUAACGAUUUGAAUUGAAUGGAGAGAAACUCUGGUGCGCUUCUUGCAAUUUUUAUAAGUCGAGUUGUCUUACUUAGCACAUGCGUACUUUGAGCUUGUCGUCCAAUACAACAGUAAUGUAUUGUACGUAUGUACAUGUAUGUGUUAGUAUAUAAUUUUAAUGAACUUCAUGACCUCAUCACAGUCAGUCACGGGCAGGUUUCAGAAUAGAUGGGAAAUACAGCAGAGAAUGUCGAUUCAAAUAGAAAAUUAUUGUUUAGUUGUGUAAACACAAGCACAUGUGCUCUACGUAGUUGUCGAUUAUAAUGAAGAGACUUGGGCACCCUACUUUCUGGUCUAACAACAAAACGAGGUGUGGACUCAAUUGUCUAAAAAAGCGUUGAAAUUUAAAGGCGAGAUAUCAAAGUUUAGCCGUUGUUUUGAGUCAUUUCUAUUAUUUUUUUUAUUUCAAAUUAUGCACCUAUUAAUUCAUGCCAGCAAGCAAGUAGAAAAUGCUUCUAAAAUUUAUAUGGAAAAAUAAAAUGAUAAUUAUUUAAUAACUGCUAAGUAAACAUAAAUUGGUAUAUCGAAUAAAAGUUGGAUUUAUCCGAUUGUUAUUAUGCAUUCCCUAAUUAAGCUUGCGCGUGUUACGCCUUUGUUCUUGGCCUAUCGUCUGGCCGAACGAACAUUGACGAACGUUCACGAACACGUAGCAAUGAGCAUCAAUUCCGCUCCCUCGCGCUCUAGUCGUUCGUCAUUGUUCUCGAAAGUGCCAACGCAUUGCUUUAUCGUCAACGUCCACAAUUGUGAAGUGUGUGCCUUUAAAAAAACAACAGAAUACCAAUUAAAAACGGAAUGAUGUUCACGAUGGAAUGGACGAACGAUAUGUGUUUAGAACUGAUUGCGGCGUAUCGCGAACGCCCAAUGCUGUGGAAUUCGGAUCAUCCAUGUUUCAAGAUAUCGAGUAGAAAGAUCGCGGAGUGGGAUGAGAUCGCCGAGCAGCUCAAAACCGACGUGGAGUCGAUAAAACGGAAAAUAUCGUCGUUGCUGGCGUCGUACAGGAGAGAGCGCCGCAUGCAAUAUGAAAAAAGGGGCUACCGGUCGUCAUGGUUCGCAUACGAAAGCCUGGACGCUUUUCUACACGAUCGAUACAAGCGGAAAUUCAUGCUAACGCCAGAGAACCGCUCGAACUCUUCACAACCACCUUCAGAGAUAGAAACUAGAGCCGAACCCCUGCUUGAGGCGGAUUAUGAAGACGAUGCAGAUUUAACAGGAGACUACCAAAACAUAAAAACAGAGGGGUUGGAUUUGGACUUAGAAGUCGCGCAUACCGUAGACGACCCUAGACCUCUAGAUGACACCCUGUACGACCCUUUAAGAAGGAACCCGAAGCGUCUCUUAGCGUCCACAUCUAGUAAUAAAUCGUUGCUAAAACGAAGACGACCUUUAGUCAAUGACGAUUUAUUAUUAGACGUUCCACUGCGAUAUAGCGGGGAUGAAUGCACAGCUUUUGGCCAUUAUUUAGCUUGUAAAUUAAGGGAGUACGACCCGUACACCAGAGCUUUGGUGCAGCAUCGUAUUAAUAAUAUUUUGUUUGAUACUGAUGUCGGAAAGUUAAACUUAGAUGAAAAUAAUUCGGUGCAAUUUGACGACGAAGCCAGUGUUUCGGCUGCCACGUCACCUCAGACUUCAAAAAUUUAAUCGUUUUUUUAUAUUUUUCAAUCAAACAAGAAAAAUCAAUCUAAUUCAAAUUUGUUUGUUGUUUGUUGCAUGGUUAAAAAGACAAUAACGGACUAAUUAGUUUACUGUCUUGUACAGUAAGAAAUUAGCCAUUACUUAUUAAUUACUUUCUGUGGAUUUUUUUAUGUUUGAAUAUUUGACAUUAAGUUACGAAAACCAAAGUAAUGUUUAAUACUAAUUGUAGUACCUAAUCGAAAUGUAAAUUCUUGUGUACUAAAUACAGAAUCUAUUUUGAAAUAUUUCUUGAUUUAAUGUUACAACAUUUUUUACAGUUUUCAGCAAAAGUAUUGGUACCUAGUGAAAUAGAACAAAAGACUUGUGAAUUUCAAAAUCACAUUAAUUAUAUAUACCUAAUUAUUGUUUCAUCGCACUUUGUUCAUGAAAUUCACAAGUCAAUACUUCUUAUGUUACUUCAUUGAAAUGGAUUUUCAUCGGGUAAAAAUAGAUAGAUAACAUGGAUACUUUAAUAAUGAAUUCAUUCGUAGAAGUCUUAUAAUAUUUUAUUUUUCUUAGGUAGAAAAAAAU